AUGCAGAAUACAGCGAUCUCCCCAGAACCUCUGCACCGCCUCUGCACCGCCUCUCCACCAUUUCUCCACCGCCUCUCCAUCGUUUCUCCACCGUUUCUCCACCGCCUCUCCACCGUUUCUCCACUGCCUCACCACCACCUCUUCACCGUUUCUCCACCGCCUCUGCACCGCCUCUCCACCGUUUCUCCACCGCCUCUCCACCGUUUCUCCACUGCCUCGCCACCGCCUCUCCACCGUUUCUCCACCGCCUCUGCACCGCCUCUCCACCGUUUCUCCACCGCCUCUCCACCGUUUUUCCACUGCCUCGCCACCGCCUCUCCACCGUUUCUCCACCGCCUCUCCACCGUUUCUCCACUGCCUCACCACCACCUCUUCACCGUUUCUCCACCGCCUCUGCACCGCCUCUCCACCGUUUCUCCACCGCCUCUCCACCGUUUCUCCACCGCCUCUCCACCGUUUCUCCACUGCCUCACCACCACCUCUCCACCGUUUCUCCACUGCCUCACCACCACCUCUUCACCGUUUCUCCACCGCCUCUGCACCGCCUCUCCACCGUUUCUCCACCGCCUCUCCACCGUUUCUCCACCGCCUCUCCACCGUUUCUCCACUGCCUCACCACCACCUCUCCACCGUUUCUCCACUGCCUCACCACCACCUCUCCACCGUUUCUCCACUGCCUCGCCACCGCCUCUCCACCGUUUCUCCACCGUUUCUCCACCGCCUCUCCACCGUUUCUCCACCGCCUCUCCACCGUUUCUCCACUGCCUCGCCACCGCCUCUCCACCGUUUCUCCACCGCCUCUCCACCGUUUCUCCACCGCCUCUCCACCGUUUCUCCACCACCUCUCCACCGUUUCUCCACCACCUCUCCACCGUUUCUCCACCGCCUUUCCACCGUUUCUCCACCACCUCUCCACCGCCUCUCCACCGCCUCUCCACCGUUUCUCCACCGCCUCUGCACCGCCUCUCCACCGUUUCUCCACCGCCUCUCCACUGUUUUUCCACUGCCUCGCCACCGCCUCUCCACCGUUUCUCCACCACCUCUCCACCGUUUCUCCACCGCCUCUCCACCGUUUUUCCACUGCCUCGCCACCGCCUCUCCACCGUUUCUCCACCACCUCUCCACCGUUUCUCCACCGCCUUUCCACUGUUUCUCCACCGCCUCUCCACCGCCUCUCCACUGCCUCUCCACCGUUUCUCCACCGUUUCUCCACCGCCUCUCCACCACUUUUCCUCACGACACUGA